AUGCGUUCUACCAUUGCCAUUACUCUUGCUGCUGCUGCUGCCGUUGCUGUAUCUGCUCAAAACUGUAAUCCCUCUUACAAUGUUCCUGGAUCCACUGACUGUUUUACCAAUUGUAACGUCAAAGCUGGCCAGGAGUUUGUCUCUGGUUGGACUAUGGAUUCUGGCUCUCCCAAGUUUCUUGAUUCCCUUAAGUUAAUGUGUACCAAGGGCACUGCUGACUACAUGUCUUUCAUGACAAAGGCCGGUACUUGUAUGGCUGCUUGCGCUGGUGAUAACCCAGAGCUUUUCAAUACUGAAUUCCAAGGCGCUUGUGCAUGGUAUGCUCAACACAGCGGUGAUACCUGCGCUGCUGGAACCACUGCUGCUCAAACAACUACUGUUGCUCAAACAACUGCUGCCACUACAAACACUGUCGCUCAAACUACUACUGUUGCUCAAAGUACCGCUGCAUCAGUAACCUCGGCUGUCAGCUCUGGCUCUUCUGCCGCCUUACCUGUUGCCACUGCACUCUCAUCUGGUGUUCCUCUCGCCUCUAAUGCUUCGUCUAUCAUUAGCGCUUCCGCUUCUGCUAUCUCUACCAAUGCCACUGUUCCAGCUGCUGCAUCAAACGCCUCUGUACCUGCCACACAAGCUAAUAGCGCUGCUUCGAGAUUGCAACUUGGUAGCUAUGCCAUUGCUUUGGUUGCCUGUGCUGGUUAUUUAGCUCUCUGA